AGUGAGAAGCUUUCUUUUUCUUUAUUGAAAUAAUAAUAAUAAUAAUCAUAAUCAUCUAAAAAUCUAACCCUAGACUUGGAUUGAAUUGAAUUUUUUCUUUUUUUUUUUGAGCCCCACCAUCUCAUGUAUGAAGCAUAGUAGUAAAGAUAGUUGAGUUCAGCGAGCUCUGGUCUGGGUUGGAGAUGGCGGCGUUGGAGGCGUUUUCGAAGAGGUUGAUAGAGGAGGUUCAGAAAUGGGGGUGCAUGAAACAGACAGGGGUGAGCUUGAGGUACAUGAUGGAGUUCGGCUCCAAACCCACCCAACGCAAUUUGCUUAUCUCAGCUCAAUUUCUCCACAAGGAGCUUCCCAUUCGGAUUGCCAGGCGCGCUAUCGAGCUCGACUCUCUCCCUUAUGGCCUCUCCCUUAAGCCUGCUGUUUUGAAGGUUCGAGAUUGGUACAUGGACUCGUUCCGUGAUCUGAGAUCGUUUCCGGAGAUAAAAGAUGCAAAUGACGAAAAAGAUUUUACCCAAAUGAUAAAAGCAAUUAAAGUGAGACACAACAAUGUGGUUCCUAUGAUGGCUUUGGGUGUUCAACAGUUGAAGAAACAGCUCUCUCCCACUCGCACUCCCAGCCAAGAUCUUCACGAGAUUCAUCAAUUCCUCGAUCGUUUCUACAUGUCAAGAAUUGGGAUUCGAAUGCUCAUUGGUCAGCAUGUAGAACUGCACAAUCCCAAUCCACCACCCAAUUGUGUGGGGUAUAUUCACACAAGAAUGUCCCCUGUGGAGGUUGCACGCCAUGCCAGUGAGGAUGCCCGUUGCAUAUGCUUGCGUGAGUAUGGCUCUGCACCUGAUAUUAACAUCUAUGGGGAUCCUGAUUUUACUUUCCCCUAUGUCCCAACUCACUUGCAUCUCAUGGUGUUUGAGUUGGUCAAGAACUCCCUGCGUGCAGUCCAAGAGCGCUUCUUGGACUCGGAUAAAGUUCCACCUCCCAUUAGAAUUAUAGUUGCAGAUGGAGAUGAGGAUGUCACUAUUAAGGUCUCAGAUGAAGGAGGUGGCAUUCCCAGAAGUGGUCUCCCCAAAAUCUUCACCUAUCUUUACAGUACUGCUAAGAACCCUCUGGACGAGCACGCUGAUCUUGGAACGGCUGAUACGGUGGUCACCAUGGCUGGAUAUGGAUAUGGGCUCCCUAUAAGUCGCUUGUAUGCUCGGUAUUUUGGAGGAGAUUUGCAGAUUAUCUCUAUGGAAGGAUAUGGAACGGAUGCGUAUCUUCACCUGUCUCGCUUGGGAGAUUCACAAGAACCUUUGCCAUAAGUAAGCAAGUAGUUCCAUAUCUAAGAUAUAAUUGUGAAAAGGGAGGUUAAUUUACUGUCAUUUGUUUAUUCUGUUAAUUUAGAAAGUAAAAAAAAAAAAAGCAUUGAGUAGUUGUGAAUAUUCUUUAUAUGCUUCUUCACUUCACAAAGGUGUAUGAUGACUAUAAUAUCCACUUCUCAAGCAAUUGCAUAAUGACCCUUUGAUUUA